GGCGGCGCCUGCGCAGUGGCGUGGCGGCGGCGGGCGGCCCCGCUGUUGUUAUUGUGGGGCUGGGCUGCGCCGCGCGAAGAUGGCGGCCGGGCAGGGGGGCGGCGGCAACGGGAACGGCAACGGCAACGGGCCGGGCGGGCUGGGGAUCCCCGCUCACCUCACGCUCUCCUUCUCGGCCGGGCCGCACUGGGGCGCGGCCACCCUGCCGCAGCCGCACACGGUGCGCAGCCUGGACCGGGCCCUGGAGGAGGCGGGCAGCUCGGGCAUCCUCUGCCUCAGCGGGAGGAAGCUCCGCGACUUCCCCGGCAGCGGCUACGACCUCAGCGACACCACGCAAGCAGAUCUUUCAAAGAAUAGAUUUACUGAAAUUCCUUCUGACGUCUGGCUGUUUGCACCACUGGAAACUUUAAAUUUGUAUCAUAACUGCAUCAAAUCCAUUCCGGAAUCGAUAAAAAAUCUACAAAUGCUUACCUACCUUAACAUUAGUCGAAAUCUUUUAUCAACAUUGCCAAAAUACCUGUUUGAUCUUCCGCUUAAAGUUCUGGUUGUCAGUAAUAAUAAGCUGGUCUCCAUUCCAGAAGAAAUAGGAAAGUUGAGAGAUCUAAUGGAGCUGGAUGUCAGCUGUAAUGAACUUCAGGUUCUUCCUCAGCAAAUAGGAAAACUGCAGUCACUUAGAGAAUUAAACAUAAGAAGAAAUAAUCUCCAUAUGUUGCCAGAUGAGUUAGGAGACCUUCCCUUGGUAAAGCUGGAUUUUUCUUGUAAUAAAAUCACAGAAAUUCCAAUUUGUUACAGAAAGUUACGUCACUUACAAGUAAUAGUUUUGGAUAACAAUCCAAUGCAGAUACCACCAGCACAGAUAUGCUUAAAGGGUAAAGUACAUAUAUUUAAAUUCCUCAGCAUUCAGGCAUGCCUCAGAAUAGAUAAAAAACCAGAUUCCUUGGAUCUUCCAUCACUGGGUAAACGAAUCCCUUCCCAGCCACUCACAGACAGCAUAGAGGACUUUUAUCCCAAUAAAAAUCACGGACCAGACUCUGGCAUUGGAAGUGAUAAUGGGGAUAAAAGAUUGUCCACAACAGAACCAUCUGAUGAUGAUACAAUCAGCCUUCACUCCCAGGUAUCAGAAUCAACAAGAGAACAGACAUUGAGGAACGACAAUCAUGUAAUGGGAAGUAAACUCGAUCCACAGAAAGACCAGGAGGUGUAUGAUUACAUUGAUCCAAAUGCAGAAGAGGGAGCUGUUCCUGAGCAAGGAGAUGUGCAGAUCGGACCAUUGCUGUCCUAUAUCAAGGAACGGGGAAAACAUCCUGAAAAAUCCCAAAAGAUAGAACAGAAUGAGGACUGGGGAGAUGAAAAACGACUUCAGAAGGAACAGCCGUUGGCUGAAGAAGAUGAUGAAAUCAAAGAAGUGACUGACUUGAGAAAAAUAGCAGCUCAGUUACUGCAGCAAGAACAAAAACACAGACGAAGGCCAUUAAGCUAUAGAACUUCAUUCAGUGAAAAACUCUUCCAGAGGACAAGGGCAGCAGGACGUGCAUCAAGGCUUCUUAAUCAUUCAGCUUCAGUAAGUGCAAGGAACAGGCCAAAGCAGCCAAUGGAAUCUGAAAAAUGUGUCUCAACAGAUGAAGUCAAUUCUCCAGUGUCUCCAUACAGCUGGCAGCCACUGGAAAAUCAGAAGGAUUCAAUGGAUGAGCAGCAUUGGCCAGAAACACAGCCAGUGAUUUGGCAGAAUGAAGAAAGGAGGAGAAGUAAACAAAUUAGAAAAGAGUAUUUCAAGUAUAAGUCUUCCAGAAAGAGUUCAAGUGGAAAUGAAAAUGAUGAGCAAGACAGUGAUAAUACUAAUGUGUCCCCACAGUCUCCUGUGUCGUCUGAGGAUUAUGAAAGGACAGAUAGUAACACUCACGGACCAUUUGGUCUCAGACCAAGGUCAGCUUUCAGCCGUGCAUCUCGCCAAGACUAUGGAGCAAUGGAUCCUGGAUUUACAAUGAGGAGGAAAAUGGAGCAUUUAAGGGAAGAAAGGGAACAAAUAAGACAACUUCGCAAUAAUCUUGAAUCAAGGUUAAAAGUAAUUUUGCCAGAUGAUAUUGGAGCAGCAUUGAUGGAUGGAGUAGUUCUUUGCCAUUUAGCCAAUCACAUAAGACCACGCUCUGUUGCCAGCAUUCAUGUACCAUCGCCAGCAGUGCCUAAACUCAGUAUGGCAAAGUGCCGAAGAAAUGUUGAAAACUUUCUUGAUGCUUGUAAAAAAUUGGGUGUUCCACAGGAGAGACUUUGCUUGCCUCAUCACAUUCUGGAGGAAAGAGGCCUUGUAAAAGUUGGCCUCACUGUUCAAGCUCUGCUUGAAUUGCCUACACUGAAAGUAUCUCAGCUUUCCUCCAUGUAACAUGACUUCUUGGAAACUAGGCAACUUAACAUUUGAUCUGUUGGAUUGCUCUGGAGCAGUUCAGCUUCCUACACGGGAACAUCCAAGCCAUCAAAAACUAUCUGUCCAGAUGCUGUAGAGCGCCUUACUUUGAAGUUGGACAUGAAAACCUUGGAGUCAGCUGACGUUAAAAGACCGUAAUGAUUUUUUUGUCUUCUGGAUGCACAAAGAGAUUUUGGUAGCAUCUGGUUCUCUUUCCAGUUCAUUUAAGUUAAAACCUGCCAUUUAUCAUCUCAGAGUGUUACAGUUAAAUGCUGGAUUUCUUUUUCUACAUGGAAAAUGUUUGAAUUAGUUUAGAAGUACAAAACCUGAUUCCCCCUUGCUUGAGUGAUUAAAGUAAAUCAUUUGAUUCAAAGGUAAAACAAAAAUGUAGCGAUGGUAUGAUGGUAAAAAUACAGUGACUGAUAAUUGUAAUCCACUUUCAUUCUCUCAGAAAGCUUUAUGUGUGUUCUUUAUUUUUUUUUUGCACUCCUGAUUGUAAUUUACGCACUUCCAACAUUGCCAGUAUUUAGUCUGAGUGUAUGGUGAUUACACAAAACAGUAUAGAAUGGGAAAAAGGACACAUUGAGUUUUUUCCAGUCUUCUAGGUUGGUGCCAAAUAUUUUUUUCAGUUGUACUGUAGAUUGUUUACAUGUGAAGUGCCUGUGUAAUUGAUAACUCUUAAUAGUCUUAAACAUUUUUGAAAUUUGUUUUAAAAUAGAUAAAAUGGGAAUUUUUAAAUAUUUUAAUAGUUUUUUGUAAAAUCAAUACGUGAAGAUUUAAGUAAUACUUCACAUUUUUGAUGUUGGGUGUUUUACGUUUGUUGCACAAUUGAUAAUUCUGUUGUCUAAUAAUUAGAAAAUACUGUAAAUACACUUUAUUUAUGAUAUUUAAUUUGAUAAUACUUAAUCAUUUUUUGGUUUAAUGUAUUGUUGGAUAAACAAAACUGUCUACUUUUCUUUGUUUGAGGCAAACAAAUAUACAUGAUGAGUAAGAUGAGGACUAGUAAUGCAUACAGAAUAAUUUAGGACAUUUUGAUAAAACUGCCCAAAUCUCAGGUUUAUGCUGUGACUUUCAGGAUUUUAUGUAAUAAUGCUCCUGAUUUCACUUUACAUUUUUACAACAGGUAUAUCCAUAAUUUAGUUGAGAAAUCUGUGUUUAUCUUCAUAGUGUUUACAGGAUUUAUUGUGUAAUUUACAGAAGUGUGUGGCAUAGCACACAAAUUAGUUUGUACAAAUGUCACUUUGCUGAAACAUUAGACUUUUCUGGGCAGAUUUAAAAAAGAAAUUCCCACGGUGGUGUUCUUUUUGAAACUUUUGAGUUUAUGCAUUUGCUUACUUCUACACAGAUUCUUGGUGUUUUGAGAACAUUCUGAACCAACUCACAGUUGAGUUCCUUUCCAAACAAGUUGCAAAUAAUUUCAGUAGUAAAACUGUUUGAAUUAGUUUUUUCUUCAUGAAUGCGUAGCUCAAUUAAAAAAAAAAGUUUUGACUGUCACAGAUUUUCUCUUUUAGGCUAAGUUAAUUUCGAUGAAAGUAUAUGUUUGCCUAUUCUGUAACAGGAUUUGAUUCUGUUCUUUCCAAUUCGUCAAGAAGCCAUUUAAGGCUUCACAGCUCAUUGAGAAGCCUUCAAACUGUGUUUAAAAGGUGUAAAACUUAAUUUGCAAAGUCCUAGAUCUAAAUCUUAGUUUCUUUAAAUAAAAUAUGUAUGUAAUCUAUAUUGCUUUGACCUUUGAAACGUGGUAUUUACUGUAUCUCUAAUUGGGUUUUAAAUCAUUCACAUAAUACUUACUUUAACAAUUUAAGUUAUUUUUUACAAAAGGCAGUAUCUGAAGUCAUGCUAAGACUAAAAUGAAAAAAUAAUAUAUUAAGCAGACUUCUUGUUACUGUGUGCUACAUUUGAAGAACUUAUUCAAAAGGAGUAUUUCAUUGUCUUUCAAUUCUUUGCUAUAUGGUAUUUGAUGGCAAUGACAGUACUGAAGUUCUGCUUCAGUGUGCUAGCCAUAGAAUUGAUACCUGUAAAUUGCCACUUUAAAUUAUCUAACUUAAAUCAAUCUACACUACUAUUUAAUUGCCAUUUAAAUGUUAUCUUAAAGUAACACUCUUAUCCAAAUAGCAAUAAAUUUAUGAAGUUAUCAUAUCACAGUGUAAACAUUUAAGAAUUCCCUUGAUGUAUCAUGCCAGAUCAGUUAUUUAAUCUUAGCAUAUUACUUCCUAAGUAACAUGAGAACUGGAUAUGGAACUAAUGUACUCACUUUGAAUUGUACCUCUGAAAUUGAAAACUAUGGAAAUAACAUUUAUUUUUUUAACUACUCUAGAAUUCUUCCCCACGGGUUUGCUAGGACCAGACUGGCUUUGCUGCUCUUUGGAAAUUAUUAUGGACUUCUUAAUGCUUAUGGGAAAGGAUAUUCAUGGUACUUAGAGGAUUUCCUUCUUAGCAUUGCAAAGGUUAAGGCCUUCCAGUAUCCUUAGGAACAGUCUGAGAAAAGGUCUGCUAUGCCUAGAUGAAUCUUCUCUCAUCUUUCUUUAGGUGCUUCUACAAAUAAUUCUCUAAAGUAACGAUACAGUUAGCUGUUACUUCCAUGAUUUUUAGAAGCAACUGCAAAAGAGAUACUAAAAAAAUAAUUUGAAGGUAAAAUUUUAAUUUUAAAGAAGCAUAUGGGAAUUGUUCCUGUCCUCCCUGUACAAGAAGUUGCCUACUAUCUCCUCACUUUUUAUUUGAUUCCUAGCAUCUUAUUUUUUGGUUUGUUUACUGAUUUAGUGACUUCAUGUUAUUCGUUACUGCAUGUGACCUCCUCCUCCCUCUUUACUUUUUUAAAGUGACUUUUUAACUGUCUUUAGUGAAUCCAGAGUCCCUGCUCCAACAAUUAGCACAUUUGAGAUAUUCUUUUCUUAUUUUGUUUAGGAUGCAAUGUCAUUACUUAAUGUUUGAUGCAGCUAAUGGAUUGUUAAAAAGAGAAGCCUAAUUCUUAUCAUAGUCCCUCAAUUUUUUUUCCUUUUGAUGUGAAGAAAAGAUAACAUGAAAAGCUUUAGGAAACUGUAUUAAGUUUUCCUAAUAUAUUUGAGUUAACUAGGGUGCUUUUGUUAUUGUGGAUGCUAUACAAAGUUACUGCAAUAAUGUGAUACGAACUGUAAAUUACUGACAGGGUUUCUGCCCUUGUGUAUUUUUUCUAUUUUCUAUUUUACUGGAUGCAGCAUCUCGCACAUGAAUGAUCUUUUUUUAAGCAAUAAUGUCUCAGAUAUUGUGAGAUCGUAGAGCAGUGGCACUGAAAUAAUUAAAGUGUGGUGACUUCAGACACAGUAUCUCAGAAAUGCUUCCCAUCUAUUCUAUAACACUGCCAGUCCAGUGUGCUGGUUGGAGUAUCGCUGGAGACCCAGAAACCUGUCUACACACAUGUAUCUGAAGGCCUUCAAUAACAUAACCAAAAAUUAACAUUAUCAUAAAAUAGAGGAAUACAUUUGAAACAAUAAAUAACUGACAUGAAUCAUAGGAAUUUCUAGGUAAAAUCCUAGUUAUAAUGGAGUCAGUGCGAAUUUUGCUCUUGACUUCAGUAAGAGAUUUUACUGUUAGAUUAUGGAACACCUGAGGUAGAGGCAGUGGUGAAACAUGACUUAAACUUGUUUGAAGUGAGCAAAGCUUUAGUGUCAAUUUCUUGACUAAAAAUAGUAAUCUCUGGUUAGCAACGGGAAGCUGCUAAUAUUACACAUUGAUUUAUAUAUUUAAUACAAAUAUUCUGAUGUGCCAUACAGUACUAAGAUGGUAGGAAAAAUAACUCCUAAGCACUGCUUUCAUACUGUGGAAUGUAUGUCACCUCAAAAAAUUACAGGUACCAUCAGUUACUUUGCAGUGCUAAAACCUUUCUUACUUCAAAUAUUUGGUAAUUUAGCAACACUCUUCUCAGAUUGACAUAAUCUGGCCAAAUUUAAAAAAAUAAAUAAAUAAAUUGAAAAGAUACCUAUUUUCACUAAAAGCAAAUUUCCAUGUAUCCUCAGUAUUGAGGAGAAGGACAAGUUUGGCAUUAUGUCCUUCUGCUAAUUUUAAAAAUUUUAGUACAAAAGGUAACUCUUGUGUGUAAUGCAGCAGUGAUCUCCCUGUUUGUCUCUGGAUAGGGCUGUAUACCAAUGCAGAGGUCAGGUACUUUAAUAAUGUACCAAAAUCUUAGUCAAGUAGUAAGCAAAACCUUAUUCAAUGUAUUCAAUGUUAAAUCGAUAUAUAUAUAUAUAUAUAUAUAUAUAUAUAUUAGUGUCAGGAUAGUGGAUUUCAACUGAAUGCAAUGUAAGCAUGAGUUUUUGAAGGAGUUUUUGCACUUUCUGUGGAUAGGAAAUGAUUUUGUACUGGUAAACAAAAUUUCUCUUUUUUUUCCUCACAAAGUCAGGCUAAUGUCUGUGUUUAUUUUGAGAGGUACAUCAUAUUAAAUAGUGAUCAUUACAACAUACAGCUGAUGAAAUAUUUCCAGCUUACGGAUAACCCUUUUAAAUUAUUUUUAAAGAGAAAAUGCCACUAUGGCCAGGAAUUGGAAAUAAUACAGUUGUCCAAGGAGAGGUUACUCUGAGUUGCAACAUGAGUGUAUGUUAAAUUGCUUCAGAAGAAAAAGGUUUUUUUGGAAAGAAUUAGCAGAGAAAGAAAUGUUUUUGAAACUACUUCAUGUUGAGGGACACAGGUGGCUGACCAGUUCCUGGUUCAUCUUUAACUUGGACCUUUCUGUAGAGGUUGCAGUAACGAGAAGAUUGGCAUCUUUGUUUUCCCAGAGAUUGUUUGAUUUUGGAUAACUAUGCCAGUUCUGCAGGAUUCAUUGUGUUAAUUGUGCAGAGAGCACUAUCCAUCCCCAAGCACAGGGUAGGGCACCUCGCUGAUGCCACAUGCCUUCCCUCUGGCCUUCUAAUCAGGUGAGGAGCUACAGUGGGCAUGUGUGUCAAGGCUUGUCUGGGUGAUGCGCCUUCUGAAGACAUCAUCUCCUUGCUUUGUGCUGCUGCCUCCUUCCCCACUGGCUGGCAUUCUUUUAAAUAGAUGGUUGCAAUCUGAACAAAAAAAUCUAAGGAAAGCGAUAAUAUCUAAGAGUAAUAGAAAAAUAGAUGUUUGCUAAUAUUUACCUUCUACCAGUAAAGACGUGAGACAGAGAAAGCUUGUUCUAGAAACCAGACAACUUCACUUGCUGAAAAUUGCACCAUGACUCUAGCAGGUUAGGGUCACUUGUCCUCUUGAAUGCAUAAAAAUGAUACUGUUUCCUCUUCAAUACGCAGAACACGCUCUGGGAUAUAUGUAAUUUAAACAUGAGGGAAAGGCCAACUUUUUAAUCAGAAAUUUUGUCAGAUCUUUUUGGUUACCUAAUAUGAAAGCAAAAAAUUCUCUUCCUAUCAAGAAAGCACCUUCUGCUGAUCUUGUUUAUUAAAAUAGAAUGUGAUGAGCUGAAUUCCAGUUUAAUCUUGCCGCUACAGGAGCAAUUCUGGCUCCUGUGUUUUUUACACAAUAAACUGCUGCUUUGCUUUAUAAAUUGUCUUCACGUAUUUCACAUACUACAGUCCUGACAUUAUGUGUAUUAAAACUGUAGUUUUAUGCUGUAUUUGUUCCAUUGCUGUUUUUGACUUUUCCAAUAUGGGAAGCAAAGGGGAUUGCUAUAAGCUACAUUAUGAAUUUCUCUAGAAGGAAUAGAAGUUAUUGUAAAAAUGACAUCAGGCAUUUUAUAGCCAACUACAAUUUUUAAGAGGGACUUUAAAUUUUUUUCCUCAUGCAUACACAUUUUAGAAUCCUGAUCUUGAAACAAACAAACCAACUUCAGUAGGUCUUUACACAACUUGCUUAGUCCCUUACCACACAUUAAAGGAAAAAAAUGGCUUGAACUGUGACAGCAUAUUAAAUUGUUUUGGGAGACUUUCAGUUGACUUCAGUGAGAUCAGAAUUGCCCUCAAUAGUUUUGUAAGUGAGCUAAAACACGAAGUUAGUAAUUUAAAAUGAAUUUGAGGCAUUAACAAGGAUUUCCUCGCUUCUUUCAAAAUUGUGUGAAAUAAGGCAAACAUGACGCUUAUUUCCCAGUUCUAACUUUUUAAGGGCAGAUUGUGAAAUAGCUGCUAUUUGGAAAUAACCGCAAUGAUACUUCUUCUUUUGUUUUUAAAUACAAGCGAACCGAUGAAAUCUUUCCAGAAUUGCUAUAUUCAUUUAGGAUUUGGUUGUGCCAUUCUUGGCAUGAAAACUCCCACUGUUCAGUAUUAAAAGCCUUUCUAGAGCAUGUGCAAGAUUAUGCUUUUUAAAUGAAAAUGUUAACACAUUUGAGUUUACUGAGUUGAUGUGAUAUGGUAAGCAUUCCUGCAACUCUGGGAAUUCCUAGUUGCAACAAUUAAUGUCUGUUGUACCAGCAGGUAAAUUUUUGAUGCUUGUGAGGGGCUUAUGGAGGCAUUGCAAAAGGGUUGGUUGGUGGAUUAUGUUGGAAAUGUGAAUACUCUUUUACUAAUGUGUAAUGUGUAGAACGAGGAAAAUGUGAUUGCUUUAUAGUUAUCACUUCGUAUUCAGUUAUUUUAUUUUAUAAUUUGUGGUUAUAAAACUCAGAAAAUACAACAUAGCCAAAUGAUCAAUAUAUAAAUGUGUGCAAAACAUGACAGAAGUAGUUCUGAGGCACAGUUGGAGAGUGAUCAUUUAAAAAUAGAUGCUUAAAUUGUGUAUAUACUUGUAACAUCUAUUUGAUAGCGCAAUUCAUUUUGCAUUUCAUGUUCUUGUAAAGUGCAUUUUCCACACUUCUGAAGUUUGUCUACCUGUACAAUACUGUAUUAAGUCUUUUUUUCAGGACUUCCAUUAUUGCUGGAGCUUCCAACAUGUAUUUUUUUUUUUUAAAAUGUUCCUACUGUUAUUUUUUGUAAAUAGUUUUUUGUAUUAAAUUUGCAUGGAUAAAACCCACAUUUCCAAAAGCAGUGUACAUACUAUGUGUAUAAAAUACAAACUGUUUCAUAACUCAUGUAGUCAAUUUAUUCAAUUUGAUUUCACUUCAGUUUUUACAUAUACUUCAAUUUGUACAUAUUCAUGGUAAAUAAUGAGAAUUUGUAUGUUCUUUCAAAUGUAUAUAUUGCCAUUUUGAUAUGCAAUUAGGCAAGUCACUUAUCUCUCUAAAAUGUUGACUCUUAUGCCAUGGAAAUAUAUGAUACUUCUACACGUGAAGUAUGGUAGAUUUUUCUGGUUGACCAACAGAAAAAUCAAUGGUGAGAAUAAGCGACGGCAAAGACACGUUCACUUGUAGCAGCGUAUUUAUUCAUUUGCAAGCUUUUCCUGUCUUACACAACAUGAAAGUCACCUGAUGUCUUCUUACAGCACAUCCGUUUGGCACAAUAUAGUUUUUUUAAAGUAGGAUCCGCUUUCCUUCCACGCCCUGGGCUAGAGGUAGCAAUGGUACAGACCACCUUUUGCUUGGUUUGCAGUCAUUAAUUCCAGCACCAGGGAAACAGAACUGGCAGGUUUUGCCAGUCGCUAUACUUAAUUUAUGUAGGUUGAAAUAUACCAUUUAACAAAAUUGAUUUUUACUUUAAUUUCUUUGUUUAAAUAUUUGAAGAAUUUCACUAUGUCGACCUGAAUUUUGGUAGUAAAAGAUCUUUGAGAGAUGUGUUUCCCUGUGAGACUUUUUGUUCUCUACCUGCACCACCCACUUGUUCUUCAUUUGUUGAUGAAGCACAAUUUGGGACUUUUUAAAGCAGAAAUUGAGGAACAGCAAUACUGGAAGUGAGCAUCCCUCAACAAAUGCAUUUAGACAGUUGGACCUUCUUUUUUUUCCAGUUAGCGCUGAAGUGUUUGUGAGGGUUUGUUCCGAGUCUGUUCAGUUUCCAGCUCUAAAGAAAGCUUUACUCUUACAAAAAGACUUUGUGAGUCUACAAGAGGAAUGGCUGCGUGUGCCUCUGUUUCAGGCUGAAACAACGAACCAUGUCAGUCCUUCGCGAUCUGCGUGAGGAAAGUCACUGUUGAAGAAGGGAAGUGUUGUAAGCAAAAAAAAAAAAAAAAAAAAAGGCAAUUUCCACAAGACUUUUUGAGAGAAAUGGAGAAUACAUGAAGUCUUUCAGUGUAAUUAUUUUUAAUUUGAAUUUGUUAGAUUUGAUCAGGGUGCCACAAAUGAGUAUGUUCCUUCAUAAUUUGGUUAUUAGCUGCCUUGGUAAAGGUGUCUGCUGCUGGCAGACUGCAUCCAUUCCAGCAGUGUUUGAGAACUAGUAAAUGAGUACAUUUUACAGAACGCAGUGCUUUCUCCCCUCAGUGAUUCUCCAGGUAGUUGCUCUUGGUUUCUUAUAGGCUCUCCUGACUGCACUUUUCUUUUCACACAUCACACAGGGCUCACUCCACUUCUGUUUCCUAAAGCAAAAUACAACUUCUCUUUUCACAGUUGAAAUCUGUGUUUCCUACUAUAGUCUAUCAGAUACCUGCAAUGUACUCAUGGCAUUCCUGCUUAUAUACCUUUUUUUUUCCAAUGUCUAGAGCUGCUCUUGUGCAUUGGUUAAGGCUCAUUGUUAUGACUGUAGCCUUUUAAUUUUUCUAUCUGAUUAAGGUAGGUCUACACUGAUGAUGGAUAUAAUUACAGUGCUCCAGGCCAGCACUGCUGUUCUGAUACUCCUAGACUGUGGAAGCUACUUGAGGGCUUAAAAUAAAUAAAAUCGACUCCUCAUCCCUGGGUUUACAGAAGUUUCCUGUUUCUGAGACUGUAUUCAAACACGUUAAUCAGUUACUCUGACUACAAACAUCAUUCAAAUGGCUGUUAGAAACCUUUCCAAGAAUAUUUUUCAAAAGUAUAAAGUUUAAUGUUGCAAUGACUUUAGCACAUUAAACCAAUUUGCAAAAUGUGUAUGUAAUUGUUUGUCUUUUUAAUUAGUUAUGCCUCAUUAGUAAUGGAGAUCUCAUACUUAAUAAUGUUCUAAUUAUAUAGCCAAAGAGUAGAUUAUAAUACAAUCAGCUAGUUUUCAGUUAUAACACAUUGCCUUCAGAACUGAGGGAUGCAUAACUCAGUGCAAUAGCUUACAGCUAAUGGUAAGAAGAAUUAGAACAUGUAAACUUUUCUGAAAUUCACAGGUGAUUGUUAAAGGUUUGACUUUGUAUCAUCUUACCAUAGGUUUCAUAACAGUGGGGAAAUGGAACAACUAGAUUGUGUAGAACUGUAGCCUUUUUUUGCUAGUAUUUAAAUAUGACAAACUUACUCUAAUAUUUGUAUUUUUCAGCAACUUAAUAAACAUCUUCCUAGAGUA